UUCACUGCCAUUGAUGGAAGAGGUGCUAGUGUUCACAUUGCUGGUAAUGCAUGCUUGCUGGUCUUUCAGGCAAGCAAUAUAAUUAUCCAUGGCCUUCGAAUCCAUCAUUGCCGACCCCAACCACCAAGCUCAGUUAUGGGUCCAGAAGGAAAGAUAAUACCAAUAGGGCAGGUUGAUGGAGAUGCAAUCAGGUUGGUAACUGCAUCAAAGGUUUGGAUAGACCAUAAUACACUCUACGAGUGCCAGGAUGGUCUUCUCGAUGUUACUCGCGGAUCUACCCAUAUCACCAUCUCCAACAAUUGGUUCAGAGACCAGGACAAGGUUAUGCUUCUCGGCCAUGAUGAUGGCUACUUUCGGGACAAGAACAUGAGGGUGACCGUUGUGUACAACCAUUUUGGACCCAACUGCAACCAAAGAAUGCCAAGGUAA